GCGUCUGAGCGAAGUCAGCGGGGAGUGGGAGCGGGGCUGUCCGCUGCGAUGAUCCCACCGCAGGAGGCUUCCGCCCGACGGCGGGAAAUCGAGGACAAGCUGAAGAAGGAGGAGGAGACGCUGUCCUUCAUCCGAGACAGCCUGGAGAAGAGCGACCAGCUCACUAAGAACAUGGUGAGUAGCCCCUCAGCUGGGAGGCCGCAGACAGCCCACCCCCGGCCGCAGCGGAGGGGCUAUAUGCUACCAACACAAGCUGGUAGGGUAGGUGGUAGCUCUGUGGAGAGGGAUUGCCUGGCAUACGGGAAUUCCUCGCUUGUUCUGUUGGAGGAUAGCUUUUCCUUUGGAGAUUCUGCCUGGUUUGAGAUGGGAUUAACCAGUGGCAUCAUGGCCUCUGCUGCCCUGCUGUACAGACGUGAAGCAGAGUGGGGGCCCCGGCCGCUGGCAUACUUCUGCUCUGUCUCUCCAGACUUCAUGAAUGUCUACUACCAGAUCCGCUCUAGCCAGCUGGACCGCUCCAUCAAAGGCCUGAAGGAGCAUUUCCGCAAAAGCAGCUCCUCCUCUGGGGUGCCCUACUCCCCUGCCAUCCCCAACAAGAGGAAAGACACACCUACCAAGAAGCCCGUCAAGCGGCCAGGGACGAUCCGUAAGGCUCAGAACCUUCUGAAACAGUAUUCCCAGCAUGGUCUAGAUGGGAAAAAGGGGGGCUCUAACCUCAUUCCUCUGGAAGGGCUUCUUCCCUAUACCCCAAGGGAGCUGCCUGUCCCCUGGAUAAACGCUGCUUGUGUUUGUGCGGCUGACAUCUUGCUAGGUCACGAGCAUGAUUUCCGAGUUAAGCACCUGUCUGAGGCCCUGAACAAGCACGGGCCACUGGCCGGGAGAGAUGACAUGCUGGAUGUGGAGACUGACGCCUACAUUCACUGCGUCAGCGCCUUUGUCAAGCUGGCCCAGAGCGAAUACCAGCUGCUGACAGACAUCAUCCCCGAGCACCAUCAGAAGAAAACCUUUGACUCCUUGAUUCAGGAUGCACUGGACGGACUGAUGCUUGAGGGGGAGAACAUCGUGUCUGCUGCCAGGAAAGCCAUCAUCCGCCAUGACUUCACCACAGUGCUCACAGUCUUCCCCAUCCUGCGGCACCUCAAGCAGACCAAGCCUGAGUUUGACCAGGUGCUCCAGGGCACAGCAGCCAGCACCAAGAACAAGCUGCCCAGCCUCAUCACCUCCAUGGAGACCAUUGGAGCCAAAGCACUAGAAGACUUUGCUGACAACAUUAAGAAUGAUCCAGACAAAGAAUACAACAUGCCCAAGGAUGGCACCGUUCACGAGCUCACAAGCAACGCCAUCCUUUUCCUACAGCAGCUUCUGGACUUUCAGGAGACGGCAGGUGCCAUGCUGGCCUCCCAAGAAACCAGCUCUUCGGCCACCAGCUACAGCUCCGAGUUCAGCAAGCGCCUGCUGAGCACCUAUAUCUGCAAAGUCUUGGGAAACCUGCAGCUGAACUUGCUGAGCAAGUCCAAGGUGUAUGAGGACCCAGCACUGAGCGCCAUCUUCCUACACAACAACUAUAACUACAUCCUCAAGUCCUUGGAGAAGUCUGAGCUGAUCCUGCUGGUGGCUGUGACCCAGAAGACUGCUGAGCGUUCCUACCGGGAGCACAUCGAGCAGCAGAUCCAGACCUACCAGCGCAGCUGGUUAAAGGUGACUGAUUACAUCACAGAGAAGAAUCUUCCGGUGGUACAGCCUGGAGUCAAGCUCCGGGACAAGGAGCGGCAGAUAAUUAAGGAACGUUUCAAGGGCUUCAAUGAUGGCCUUGAAGAGCUGUGCAAGAUUCAGAAGGCCUGGGCCAUUCCAGACACAGAGCAGAGGGACAAGAUUCGACAAGCUCAGAAAACCAUUGUCAAGGAGACCUAUGGGGCCUUUCUGCACAGGUAUGGCAGCGUGCCCUUCACCAAGAACCCCGAGAAGUACAUCAAGUACCGUGUGGAGCAGGUAGGCGACAUGAUCGAUCGCCUUUUCGACACCUCUGCCUAAGCCUGCCCGUGUGCUGCCUCGUUCCUCCAGACUCCCACGUCAUUGGACUGAUGAACCAGUGUUAGUAUACCUCUGUGUCCA